AUGGCCACGUGUAAAGAACUGACUCAGAUGGAUGGUGAAGAAUCUGAUGAUAGUAAGAGAAAGAGGGAUGGAAAAAAAGACGACCAAGAUGAAAACCCUUUCACAAAAAGCAGAAAAUUAUUUAGGUCUCCAGCUAAGAAAGAUUGUGAUAAUACAGAACUGAAAGAAAUGAUGAUCGCUCUUAUGAACGAAGUUAAGGGAAUACGAAAAGACCAGCAGAGCUUUCAAGAGGAAAUUCGCAAUCUAAAAAAAGAAAAUUGUGACAACAAUGACGACCAUCGGCGAGAUAAUAUGAACAAUGCAACGGAAACUGAAAAAAAGAAUAGGGAAGAACAGUCGCAAGACGACUUAAUAAAAGAAUUGGAAGGAGAGAUGAUGAAUAGUUUUGAGAGGGAACUUGUAAGAAGACACGAUCGGCAACAAAAAAUGAAUAGGUCAACUGUUGCAAAGCAGUCGACAUUAGUAGAGGAGGAAAUGAAAGAAUAUAGUGAAAACGAGGAAGAAAAGAUAGGGGAGAAACAAUCACAGGAAGAAGAAGUAGACAACAUUAAAGAAGGAUGGCAGAGUAUCGAAGAAAGUGUGCUGGCGACAAUCUUCCUGGAUGAAUAUCAGGAUGGGGAGAUCAUAAACAACAAAAAAAGGAAAGCUGAAAGCAUGGAGAGGAUAAAUGACCUCAAGAGGGAAAGGCUGGAGGAGAGCAUACGGUUUCCAAAUGAAUCCAAACAAUAA